AUGCAAGGUCUAAACCGUGUAAAGACAGUCCUCGACAAGGGCAACCUCACUCUGGGAGUGUGGCAGCUAUUGCCCGAUGCCGCAAUGCACGAAGCUGUCCCCGCUAUAACGUCAUAUGGAGCGAGCCCAAUUGUUCGUGUUCCCGAUUUUCAAUCUUGGAUGAUUAAACGUGCCCUAGACGCAGGCGCACAUGGAGUCCUCGCUCCUCUCGUGCGAACAGUGGAAGACACAAGGGCCUUCGUUGAGGCCUGCCGAUUCCCACCACAAGGGAAGCGAGGUUUCGGAUCGCCUUUCCCGAUGGACAGGUUUGGCAGGGAUGUAUCAGCCACGCAGUACUUGACUGAAGCCAAUGCCAAUCUUCUGCUCUCAGUUCAGAUCGAGACGAAAGAAGCUUUUGACAAUGUCGAUUCCAUCGCCGCCGUUGAAGGACUCGAUUUGUUAUUUGUCGGACCUUUUGACCUGGGCAAUGGUAUCGGCCACCCAGUGUUGGGUAGUUCUUUUGUCCCCGAGUUAGAACAAGCCAUUGAAAAGGUUCUGGAUUCGGCACACAAGGCAGGCAAGAAGGCUGGAAUCUACUGCGGAAAUGGAAAGCGGGCAAAGAAAUAUGCUGAUUUGGGGUAUGACUUAGUCAAUGUCGUGACUGAUGUUGGUGCUCUGACCAGCUCUCUCGCGAGUGAAAUGGAGAUUGUUGCCCAAAAAGCAGGCAGGGCUGCCUCUGGGCCUUACGGUAGCUAG